AAGAAGACUGCUGGCUAUCUCCUGCUAUCCACACCUGAGCCGAAGCUGAACCCAGCUUCCAAACAAGGUCCCCAGAGAGGCUAUUUCCUGGCCAGCCCUAUCCCCUCCGACACCAUGUGACGCUGAGGAGCCAGCCGGCUGACGUGGAGUCUGAGCGCCCGCCUGCAGCUCGGCAGCUCAGGCAGCAGCUGGAACCUCCGCCUGGCCAGGAAUUUCCUGGCCGGUUCUUCCAAGGCCUGGGGUGGAGCCGGGAGAAGAGGAACGGGUUUCCCUGGGGUGUGCAGGACUCUGUUCUCCCUAGCCCUCGAUUCUAACUGGCACGGAGGCCCUUGGUAUACGGACACGCCUCUUCAGGUACAGAGGGGUAUCUGAAGAGAGAAAACGCACCACAGACUUCUGCGGACGUUAGGAUGAUGUCACUGAGAGUGCACACACAUUCUCCCAGCGCCCAGGGAGAUGUGGCGUUCAACCUGACCAUCCUGUCCCUCACCGAGCUCCUCAGCCUGGGUGGGCUGCUGGGCAAUGGAGUGGUUCUCUGGCUACUUAACCAGAAUGUCUACAGGAACCCCUUCUCCAUCUAUCUCUUGGAUGUGGCCUGCGCCGACCUCAUCUUCCUCUGCUGCCACAUGGUGGCCAUCAUCCCUGAGCUGCUGCAGGACCAGCUGAACUUCCCUGAAUUUGUACAGAUCAGCCUGAUCAUGCUGCGGUUCUUCUGCUACAUCGUGGGUCUGAGUCUCCUGGCGGCCAUCAGCACGGAGCAGUGCCUGGCCACUCUCUUCCCCGCCUGGUACCUGUGCCGACGCCCACGCUACCUGACCACCUGCGUGUGUGCGCUCAUCUGGGUGCUCUGCCUGCUACUGGACCUGCUGCUGAGUGGCGCCUGCACCCAGUUCUUCGGAGCACCCAGCCACCACCUGUGUGGGACGCUGUGGCUGGUGGUGGCAGUUCUCCUGGCUGCCCUGUGUUGCACCAUGUGUGUGACCAGCCUGCUCCUGCUGCUGCGGGUGGAGCGUGGUCCAGAGCGGCAUCAGCCCCGGGGCUUCCCCACCCUGGUCUUGCUGGCUGUCCUGCUCUUCCUCUUCUGCGGCCUGCCCUUUGGCAUCUUCUGGCUGUCCAAGAACCUGUCCUGGCACACCCCCCUCUACUUCUAUCAUUUCAGUUUCUUCAUGGCCAGUGUGCACAGUGCAGCCAAGCCUGCCAUUUACUUUUUCUUGGGCAGCACACCUGGCCAGAGGUUUCAGGAACCCCUCCGGCUGGUGCUCCAGCGGGCACUGGGGGAUGAGGCUGAGCUGGGAGCUGGGAGAGAGGCUUCCCAGGGGGGACUUGUGGACAUGACGGUCUAAGCGCAGUAAGUCACAACGGCAGCUCCAGCCCAUGGGGGCCCAGGGAGACGCCUGAUGUGGGUAAAGCUGGGAUCAGAGCUCCGUCAGUAAGACCCUGGAGGGACAUCUUUGCUGAUGACCCAGUCAUGCAUUCCCUGGGAGGAUUCUGGGAAGGGGCAGGCAGAUCGAUGUUUCUGUGGAGGGCCUGGGGUUGUGCAUGUUAGGCAGAGCUCCAAGAUCAAUCACCUCAUGAAAGCUGUUUCCACGGCCACCCUUACCCCCUCCUCCCUGGCUACAGUGAGGGGACAGAGCAGGCAUGAGACGGGCUAGUCAUGGUGGGAGGCAACAGUCCCUCUACCACUAGCAUCCUCCUAGCUAGAGUGCAGUGACUUUUCUCGGUGCCCCAUGCUCCUUCCAUUAGUGAUGGAUAAAUGACACUGAAACUGGACGUUCAGUUACCUAUGGGGAAAUAAGUGGUUUGGAAGUCCUCAGUGGCAGAAGACAUCCUCCUGACCCCACAUCCCCACCAGAGAGCAAAGCAUGGCACAGGCAUGGUCUCUCUGCUUGAGAGACCAUGACAGGAUUGUAGUUCCUGACUGGGCUACAGCUAUAACUCCAGUUCCAGGGGAUCUGUCUCCCUCUUUUGGCUUCUGCAGGCACUGUAUGCAUGAGGUAUACAUACAUACAAACAUACAUACAUACAUGUGUGUGAGUCCAAAUGCAUGUCUAUACACACCCACACAUGCGUGUGCUCACACACACACACACACACACACACACUGAAAAUAGAGUUCAAGGUCAGCUUAAGCUUUAGAGGACCCAUCUCAGGAAACAAAGCCCAGAGGGAACUGUGUAGAGGAGAGAGACCACUGGAGGGUGUAAACCUCACCCAACGCUUCAGAAAAGCUGGGGCUCCGGAGUCUGAAUCUCAAAGAGAGGUUCUCUGCAUGGGCAGCAAGCUCCCUCCCAACACCAUCCACAUCCAAAGCACCUCUACCUAGCAGGACAGAGCUAGGGCUUCAGCACCUGGACAGUUCCUGCCUCACCCUCUGUCCUGGACAGGACCUACCCACCUAGCAAGGGGUUCUCCAAGGAAGCUGCCUGGCUGCCGGCCACCACAGGUGCCUGAGUUCCUGCCUAGCCAGGAGCACAGAGAUGAAUGGGAGUCCCCUCCCCCACCCCCAAUCGAGGCACAGGUGUCCGAGAACCAGGACUUGGGAGCCCACCAGCCCUUACCACCAGGGCUUACCACCAUCCAUAUAUCAUCGCACUAACUUAGCCCUUACCUUUCUACUUCCUCGUUGAAUACAGUCAGUUGAUUACACAUACACAGUGUUCAGAGUUGGGUGCAGCAAGUCCCAUGAGGAUUUUAUUAUGUCAUCAACACUCCAGGCCCACAUUCAUGACAUGCUGGUCUCCUUUGACAUCUGUGUGGGUGUAACUCUGACUCGGACCAGGCCCACAGAUGGAGGGACAUUUGGUCUCUGUCAUGACUAAACUUGAUCCUGAGUCUGCAUACAGACAGCAGAACUCCGCCUGGCAUCCAAGAAUUGGCAACUCGCUCCUCCCACCCAACUCAGGUUGUGUUGAGAUGCAUCCUGUGGUAUGGUGCCUUCAUCUCAAAUUCUCUGGCAACUCUAAAUGCAGGGACCCCAGGAAGCUAGGAGCUUGGGGUGCUGGUCCUUCUUUUCCAAAGGAGUUCUUUGUAUCCCCCACGAGGGCCUUCCCUCCUCUACACUGGAGCUCAGGAGCCAGUGUGGCUGUCUGUCCACCUUCAGGACAGAAUUCCCAACUUCGGUUCCUCAGCUUGGGGAACUAAGAGCAUGAAGGGAAGAAGCCUGCCCACAAGUCCAAUUUUUGGCCUCUGGACACCCACUUCUCCCUGGGGGGAAAGUCCAUGACAGGUGUCUCCCGAACUGGACAUUAGCCCAGAGUCUUUGAGGCUCAGAGAACUCUCUGUCUGCUUGACACAACCUGGAAGAUGGCACAGGGCCUCUACUCCUCCCCUAGUUAGCUUCAGCUGUUGACACGACAUAGCCCAGAGUUAUCUGAGGGAGUCUCAGCUAGGGAACUGUUUUGGUCAGGUGUGGGAGUACUCACUGCUCUGUGAGCCGCAAAUGGACCUGAGCUAGCUGAGCACCAGCCCAGGGGGGAGUCAGUAAGUGGCUUUCCACCAUGCUUCCUGCCUCUGCUCCUGCUUGAGUUUCUGCCCUGACUGCUCUCAGUGAUGGACGGUGACCUGGAAGUGUAAGCCAAAUAAAGCUUUUC